GAAAAUCAGCUAUGCCCUAUCUGUCUUAAAGUAAUGCUAUAGGUACAUGGCAUUUUAUAGUCUAGUCGAGAAUUUCAUUCGAUUUAGUGCAAAAAUUUAAUUGUCCUCGCCUAUCUAUUUUCCGACCCAUUUAAAGGCGAUAAAUAUAAAGAAAAAGUACACUUAAACCUAUAGUGGUUGUGAAUGGCGUUGUGUAGUUUGUGCUAGGACGAACGAUUUAAGCGGUUCCACAAGGACUAUAUAUAAAUUGGUUGGCGGCAGUUGCACAGGCAGUGCGCGCUGUAGCCUUAGUGCGGCAAUAUUGCAUUAAAAAAAAUUACACAGCAAUUGUCAUUUGAUUCGCGAGUGCGCGGCAAAAGUUUUGGUGCACGGUUGAAUAUAUUUGACAUCUUUGUGCUUGUGCUUCUUCAUCUGUGAAGAUUUUCGGAAUUCGAAUCUGAGCAUGGGUUCCCUGCCGCGGCUGUCUGUGGUGACCGGCGCCCGCACCAUGGUGCCGGCCGCGCCGCUCACAGAACAUCUCUCGCACUUGGCCAAAAGCGACAGGACCGCUUUGGUGUUUGCAGAUGAGUCGGGGACUGUUCGCAUCAGUUAUGCGGAACUGGAGGCGCGCACCAACGCUCUGUCCAGGGCCAUCGCCAACAGAGCGAAGGCCACUGGCGCGAACAGGGACGGAGACUUCGUGAUCGCAGUCUGUAUGCAGCCUACCCACAACACAAUAAUGGCGUUGCUGGCCACAUGGAAGGCUGGGGCUGCAUACGUGCCCAUGGAACCGAGCUUCCCUCAAGCCAGGAUAUCGCAUAUCCUGAAGGACGCAGAGCCAGCGCUGGUCAUCUAUGACGAUACUGCGAAUCCGUCGAUGUUUUCUUCGAGCGGGGUGCCGUUCGUCUCCUUCGAGGAGUUGUUCGUGGAAGCCAGCGGAUUGCCAGCGGAGGCGCUGACUGACGGGGAGAGGCUGGCUGCCCUCAGGACCCACGGUAUCGCCAUCGUCCUAUACACUUCUGGGAGCACGGGAAUACCUAAAGGUGUUCGUCUAACCUACUCCGCCAUUUGCAACCGUCUCUGGUGGCAGUUCCGUACGUUCCCAUACUCCAACACGGAGGUGAACUGCGUUUGGAAGACUGCCUUGACCUUCGUGGACUCUGUGUGCGAGAUAUGGGGCCCCAUGUUGCACGGCAGGACCCUCAUCAUACUGUCCAGGGAGACCACCAGGGACCCACAGAAAUUAGUGCGAGUGUUCAGCGAGAAUCAGGUGCAACGUUUAGUUCUAGUGCCAACACUCCUGCGUUCGAUCCUUAUGUACCUGUCGUUGAAUCCUUCACAAAGACCAUUGGAGUGUCUCAAACUCUGGGUCUGUUCGGGAGAAACUUUGAGCAAGGAGUUAGCGUUGAAGUUUUUCCAAUACUUUGGGGACCACAGCGGUUACAAGCUGGCAAACUUUUACGGCAGCACGGAGGUCAUGGGAGACGUCACUUAUUAUGUGCUGGAGAAGAGUGAUCAGCUGGAUAUACAUAAUACGAUACCUAUAGGGUCACCUAUCGACAACUGCGGAGUUUACCUCCUAGACGAGGACAUGAACCCUGUUCGUGAACGCGAGCCAGGCGAGCUGUGGGUGGCCGGGCUGAACCUGGCCGCUGGAUACGUGGGAGCGCAGGGAGCCGACAAGUUCUGCGACAAUCCUCAUGCGGAGCACACUGAUUUUAGUAGACUAUACCGCACUGGUGACUUCGGUGUGCUGGAGAAAGGUGUGGUGCUGUAUGCGGGCCGCACUGAUGCGCAGGUCAAGAUCCGUGGCCACAGGGUCGACCUGCUGGAGGUGGACCGGGCAGUCAGCGCCGUCGAAGGAAUCGACAAAUGUGUGGUGUUAUGCUACGGACUGGAUGUUGGUAAUCCUGAAAUCCUGGCGUUUGUCACUACUUUACCAGAGGCGCGUCUAUCUGCGCAACAAAUUGAGGCUAAGCUGAAGACUUCGCUUACUCACUAUAUGAUACCGCAAGUAAUUGUUAUUGAGAGCGUUCCGUUGCUGGUGAACGGAAAAGUGGAUCGGCAAGCGCUGCUGAAGAUGUACGAAAACACCAACAACAAUGACGACUCCAGCAUUCCCCUAGAAAUAGACUACACAGGCGUGGAGCCCGAAGCCCUGGAGGCCGCGCGGGUGCUCUUCGAAACCGUCGGCGAAGUCUUAGGCCGCUCCGCCAGGGGAGCUCUGUCUGUAAGGGCAGGCUUCUACGAGUUGGGAGGCAACUCCCUGAAUUCUAUUUACACAAUCACCAGGCUCCGUGACAAAGGAUAUUAUAUCGAAAUCAGUGAUUUCAUCGGGGCUGCCAAUCUUGGAGAGAUCUUGUCACAUAUAACCACAAACUCUGACUGCGGGGAUAAAGUCGACGAAGCCAAGUUUACUGCUGAACCCAUGAGGGAUGACGACAAGCAGCAGGUCAUUGAUAUGAUCGUGUCCUCGUUCUACGAGAAGGCCGAGUUGGAACAGUUCCUGAAGCACGAGAUAGAGACGUCUGACUACGCGCACUGCAUCGAGGCGUGCUGGAUCGCGUUAUUACAGGCGCGGCUCAGCGUAGUGCUGAGGGAUGUGAACGGAAGUGCAGUAGCAGUGGCUUUGAACUUCGAUGCGCGUGAUGAACCAGAGAUCGAACUGUCAGGUGGACUGGCCAAGAUCAUGGCCUUCUUGGAGUUUGUUGAGAGCUCCGUCAGGGACACUAUGCUGCCUGAGGGAAAAGGUGCCAUCCUGCACUCGUUCAUGAUGGCCACGGCGUCGAGCCUCAGUGCGCGCGAAAACGUAUCCGCCAUUCGCGCGCUAGAACAUGCUACCAUGCGCGCUGCUCGUGAGCGACGCUUCCAAGGCGUCUUCACUACCAACACCAGCCCGUUGACACAGCAACUCGGCACUGAUGUGCUUGGUUUCCAAACGCUCCUGGACUACCAGAUCAACCAGUACGUGGACGCCAACGGAGACAGGAUCUUUGGGAAGGCACCUGACGACAUGAGAGCCGUCGUCUGCUGGAAACCGGUGGAUUGAAACUGAUCCCAAGUCGAUUGCAAGUCGAAAUUUUGUUGGAAUAUUAAACUGUACUAGUUGUAUCGCUGAUAUAUUGCAAAAACUGAUAUAUUCAGUGCUUAUAUAAAUCAGAAAUAAUCAACAUUAUUUUCCAAGUUCAAAAAUGACGUUUUUAAAAACAUAGUGUUUUGUAUAUUAAAGUAGUUUCCUAUAGGUAUCAACAUUUUCCAGUGUUACAAUUAGUUACAAUCAUAUAGGUUACAAUGGAGCAUCUUAACAUUACAGUGUUCUAAGAACAUGAAAUAAUUGACAACAGAUCUCAUGUACCGCAUAGGGUACACGAACCUGGCAGAAGCGCUUCGCAUUCCAAUAUAGGGUACACUGUACUGUUAACGUGUUAACAUUGUUGGGUACAUAUACAGACUGAGUUAGACCUCUUCAAUAUUUGAUCGAAGUCUUCAGUUGACCACAUAUUUACCUAAGCUAAAUAAUUGAUAACAAGUGGGUAGAGUCUGUGCGGAAAGAGAAUGGGAUUUAGAUUGGAGGGCGCUGUAGUGCUUUGCUACCGCAUUUAUAAGGUUUUACCCCUUUUAAACAUGAUUAAAUACAAAAAACCGCAAGAAAUCACAACAACAAACAAAUCCGUAUCAAUACAAAACUUUGACGUUUUACAGAUUGCUGGGUUUGAUUACCAAAUAAAAAUCUUAAUGUUAGUUUCGUUUUUCGCCACGCCCAUUCUCUUUCCGCACAGACUCUAGCUUGUUAUUAUAAUGAUGUUUAAGUGAAAUAUUGAGUAAAUAGCUUUUUAUUUUACUAAUAGAUUCAACGCUUACCUACUACGGUACUUUCCAGUUUACAUUAUUAAUUUGAAAAUGUAAGUUUAGGUAUCGAUAUUUUUAAAUGAAAAUGUGUAUUCUUGCCGUAUCUUAUUCUAGUGUAGAUCGUAGUUAUUUUGCAAAAAAAAUAUAUCUACUAUGUUACAAUGUUAUAAAUCCACAUAAAAAAUCAACAAAAAAUAUUAGAACGAAGAAAGAAAAAUCAUUUAUUGGCUUUAAGGCCAACACAAGUAAGUAACGAUAAGAAAUUAUAUACCGAUAAAUAAUAAAAACAAACAGACAACAACAAUAUUCAGAAAGAAGAAGGGCCAAUUAGGACCCUGCCUCAGCUUAAUGUUGUUACAAUGGGACGGGAAUAUUCCCACCGUAACAGCGCUGGUAUUCUGUUAGAGUGACAAAUAUAAUCACACUAAUAUUAUAAAGGCGAAAGUUUGUGAGUGUGUAUGUUUGUUACUUCUUCACGUCCAAACGGCGGGAGCGAUUUUAAUAAAAGGACAUGUUAAAGUUUUGUAUGAGCGACUGCCCUGGCAAUGUAUAAAUACUGUACUUAGUAAUAUUUAUGGUAAAUGGCUGAAUAUUUAUAAUUUCUAUGAAAAAAUGUUCAGGAACUUUUGAUAGUCACAAUCUUGAAAAUUAUGAGAACUCCUACUGUGUCAUUACCUUACUACAAUUGAUAAAAGAUGUUGCCAAUUAUUUACGGAGUCAUCAAUUUCGCAUUUUCUUAGAAUCAUUUUUCCCAUUUCUCUGAUUAACUCUUCACAAAAAGGUUUUUCAAAGCAAGAACAAAAAAUAAAUAGAAAUAUUUUUUUAUUCUCGGCCUGACAGGAUAUAUGUGAAGUUUUAUUUUGUCCGUUUGCAAAAAUUAAAGAAUUAAUUAUCAUACAGCCUUGUCUCAAGCCUGAUCAGAAUAAUAAAAUCUAUUAUUUUAGGCCUUCCGUGAUUUGUUAUAAUAAUAAUUAAGGCCAAAUAUGUCAUAGUUUGAAGGAGUUUAAAAAUAAUAUUGUUUAUUUAGAUAUACUUUCAUAAAUAUUUUUGUGAACAUUUAUUGUUCAUUUAUUUAGUUUUUCAAACAGACACGAAGUAAUUUUUUUUUUACUUUUAAAUAUUUGAUUAUUACACGAAAGUUGUAUGAUAAUAAAAAACACGUUAUAAUUAAUAAAAAAAAUAUUGUAAAGUUACAGGCUAGUGCGAAAUAUUCAUACACGUUAAGGGCAGUUUCUUAGCCAUGUCCUUUGGUAUGGAGUUAACUGACACCCUGGAUUAACACAUAGGCUAUGUUUUACUGCGGGAAAAUAUCCCUAAUAAACCGCGGGUAACACCGCGGGGCACAGCUAGUUAGUUAUAAAUUUAUAUAGUUACAUGAAAACUUUCUUGAAUAGCCGAACCCACUGCAAGUUUCAUGACAUUACUUCAAUAAUGUUCUCUUUUUAAAGUUUCCAAAUUGGAUAUCAAAUUAUUAAGCAGUACAAAAAUAUAACGAGAUGAACUUCUUAGCAAUCCAUGGUUUCCCCUUGCGAGUGCCGCGUCCAUUGUGUGGGGGUAAAAGAAACUCUGAACAUUUCCCGGGACUUCCGACCCAGGUGUAGGUUUAAGGAGGCAUCUAUAUGUGUAGUAAUAUUUUUUAUUUAUUUUAAACAUUUAACUGCUAGAUGUUAAAACUAAAGAAAAUACCACUAGAACAAACUCCACGCGGACCAGACAACAGACGGGACUCGAGCCAGCACCCGCUCAAGGGUCACGGUAGCAUAAUAAUAAUAAUAAUAAUAAUAACUGUUUUAUUGCCUCCAAAUUAUGAUACACUUAUUAAAACGUACCUACUACCUAAAGGAAAAACAAAAUUACAAGUAUGUGUCUUAAAAUAACAUUAAGUGGAGGCAAGAGGACGAGGCUCAGCGUAAGCGGAGCCAAGGUAUGCAUAAUGGUCAGUGCAUUUGCCCGGAUAGCGAAGGGUGCAAUUUCGAGUCCUAUCUGUUGCCUGGUCCGGAGUUUUUCUAGUGGCAUUUUCUUUAUAUAUAUCUAUAAUAAAAAAAAAAAAAUCGCUGAAUGUGUUGCUAAGCGCAAAUCUCGAGAACAGCUGAACCGAUUUCGAUAAUUCUUCUUUUAGAAUAUUCCUAGAAGUACGAAGAUGGUUCGUACGCAGACAAAAAAAUAAAAAAAUGUCCAAAAACAGCACUUUUUGUUGUGUAUACUCCCAUACAAAUGAUUCGCAAUAAUACUUAAAAGUCAAUUUGAACUUUAAUACCAUACCAUAAAUUUCAAAUGUUAGUGGUGAGGUUCCGGGAAGAGUACUUUUAUGAAGAGUCAUUUAAAUCUACACUACAGCUCUAUACCGAAGCGAAGCGAGGGCGGGCCACUACUAUACAUAUAUAUAUAUAUAUAUAUUUCGGUAUAUAUACCUAUAAUUAAUUAUUGUUAAAUGUCAAAGUUCAACAAUUGAAGCUUGAAGGCGAACUUAUAUUUUACAAGUUAUGUAGCUUUAAAAACAGUUGAAAACCUUCAUUGUGACAGCACUACUAGGUCAUACAACGAGCUAUCUCUAUACUACACUACAUUUAACGUUAAAAAGGUUAAACUGAUAACAAUCUAAAAAAUACCGCAUUUUUAAUUGAGCUGUCUGUGUAAUGCAAUCUUGCAAGACCUUGUUUUUGAUACAAAUCAGACAGACUCUCUUAUUAAAUGAAAAGCAAUUAGUUAAUGAAUACAAAACAGUUCGUUAUACAAAAUAACGAUAUAUGAUAUAGAUAAUGAACUGUGCAAAUUUAGAUACACCUACGUAGCUGUACUUUCAAUUAAUAGCAAUGAACUUGGUUAAAGUAUUAGAAAAAAAGGUUUCUCAAAAGUUACAAAAAAAAAAUCAUCAGGCGAAUGCACUGAUCUGAAUGCUACCGAGACCUGUCCAUUUUUUCUGUUCGGAAACGGGACUGCAAUGUUUUUUUUUCGACACUUUAGUUACCUACUAAAAAAGUAAAAGUCGGCGCUUUGUAAUCAAAUUUGAGUAAUUGAGUAAAGGAGGCAGGGGAAAUAUCUUUUCACUUGUAGGUGGCACCAAGAAUGAAAUACCGCACCAGUCAUCAUACAUCCUCACCUCACCGUCUUGCAAGAAGCUGCUUAGUAGAUAGUCUGUCCGGCUGUAUAUUCGGAGUUUUACUGUCUUGUCGUGACCACCCAAAUAUUUAUGUUUCCGCCAUUUAGCUACAACUCUGGCAUUCCUAUUUUAUAAGAUGACAAUUCUAUUUUUGAAGUAACGCGUGGGCAUCUUAUUCGCUUUGCCCUUCAAAACAUAAGAAAAAGCAUCAGAGUAACAUAACUUAAUAUCAUAUCUUUUUCUGAACUAUGAACUGAAAAGAGAGACAGACAGACAGUUAGCGGAAACACAAGAAGUUUCUGAAUUCGACAAAACUUUUUAAAUACAAAAUAAAACCAACUUCAAAAUCGAAAAUGGAACUAAAAAGUAAAAAAUAAUAUCUGGUUCAUGAUUUGGAGACGGGCGGGUCAAGAUUGAAAGAAGAAUACAACGAAUAGUUUUUUGUUUAAAAAGUUUUUGUUUCAUCCAUUUUAGUGAAAAUUACAUCGUCCAAGCAAAACAUAACGCAAAAAAAUUACGGAGAAAUCGGUGAAUAUGCAUAAAAAACACCGUGCGUGCCUUUGAAGGUUUCCCUCGAUUGCUCCGGAUUCCACCAUCAGAUUCCGACUUGGUUUCAAUGGGACCACCUAGGAAGUGCACUCUUUCGAAUAAAAAUUUGGAAUUUUGGAAAUCGGUCCACAAUUGACGGAGAAAUCGGUGUACAUAAAAAAAAACAAUAAUCAGUCGAACAUAGAACCUCCUCCUUUUUUGAAGUCGGUUAAAAAUAACAAGGUAAUUAUUUAUUUUUCUGGGUUGUAGUGAGAAAAAUACACGUACACAGGCAAAGAUAAAUAAUUAUUUAUGUACCCGGGUAAGAAAUGUACUUGUGCACAGACAAAAAACACCAUUACAAUGGAUUCCAAAUUCCAAUGCAACGGCAAAAUGAUGCGUACGUCAGAAAAAACAUUGAUAUUGUUUUUCGAACCAGUUUAGUUAAGAAACCGAACCAGUUAUUAAUUUAUAUUUUACUUUAGCUUUAAGUAAUAUAAUAACUACUUUGAUAAAAUUUUGUUAAUUAUUAUUACUUAAGUACUUCAGUAUUUUGAUAAAUGUCGCGUUAUUCCUAUGUCGGUACAAAAAGUACAUUUUUUCUAAUCACUUUCUAGAUCCGAUGAAAAUCAGAAUUAAAAGGAAUUACCUAUGCAAAUUCAUAAUGAAAUAAUACAUUUACUGUAGAAAUUGAUGUAAUUUAAUCUAUAUUAGGUUUAAGUUAGAUAAAAGUAGAUAAGUUGAUAAGCAUACAUAUUUAUUGAAUAAAGCACAGUUCCUAAAGUGAAUUCCAGUGGUGGUAAUUUGAUUUUAAAAGGUGAUAAAUUGUACAGUAUAAGUGAUUCAUAUUUGACACACUACCUCUGUAAUUAAUUUGACAUAGAUUGAAAUUGAAUAUAAUGGUAGGUUAGGUACAUUUAAAAGAUUUCAUUGUAAUACAUCAAAUUUCGUUAGCUGUAAAUACACACAUGAAUACGUAGAUUAAGUACGUAUAGGGUAGUUAACUAGAUAAAUUUCGUAAAAAAAAAUCAUUCCAAACUACCUAAAGCUCGUAUUAUUGAAUGAUAAGUAAGUGUUGAUCUUUACUUGAUUACAGUUAGAAAAGGAUGUCGUUACAGGUAUAUAUAAUAGCACAUAGCGACAUCAAGUACAAGUUCAACAAUUAGUUGUGAUAUUGUCAUACGAGCCUAAGACUACGUUUCGUAGAUUCGCAAUAAUUAGGUACUGCUUUAGUAACUUUACCCGAUAACAGGUUUUCAAAUAUUUUUGUUAAAAUUUUAUUGAUAUAAUAUAACUACUUAUCAUCAAAAUUUUGAUAGGUCAAUAAUUGUCUUCUUUCACAUGGUAUUGUCUUUGUUAAUGCAUAUCUAAAGUAAUUUAAUACUACCUUUGCGUAGAAAUAGAAUUGUUUAAAUAUAAUUAUUUUCUGCCUACCUACCAACCACCUCACUGCUGACAAAAUGUAAAUACUUAGGUAUUUUGAAAAAUAAAAAAAUUACCAACCAG